AUGCCCGGCGACCUCAAGGCCCUCAUCCUCGUUGGCGGUUUCGGCACGCGUCUCCGCCCCUUGACGCUCACGUACCCCAAGCCCCUCGUGCCGUUCGCCAACAAGGCCAUCAUCCUCCACCUCGUCGAGAACCUCGUCAAGGCUGGCGUCAAGCACAUUGUCCUCGCGGUCAACUACCGCCCCGAGGUCAUGAUCGCUGUCCUCAAGAAGUACGAGGAGCAGUACGGCAUCACCAUCACGUUCUCCGUCGAGAACGAGCCCCUCGGCACGGCUGGCCCGCUCGCCCUCGCUCGCGACAUCCUCGGCAAGGACGACGCACCCUUCUUCGUCCUCAACUCGGACGUCACCUGCUCGUACCCGUUCCAGGAGCUGCGCGACUUCCACACGGCGCACGGCGGUGAGGGUACCCUCAUGGUCACCAAGGUCGACGAGCCGUCCAAGUACGGCGUCGUCCUGACCGUCCCCGGCCAGAGCACCAUCGACCGCUUCGUCGAGAAGCCCAAGGAGUACGUCGGCAACCGCAUCAACGCCGGCAUCUACAUCUUCAACCCGAGCGUGCUCAACCGCAUCGAGGUCAAGCCGACCUCGAUCGAGAGCGAGGUCUUCCCGGCCAUGGCCAAGGACCGCCAGCUCCACUCGAUGGACCUCGAGGGCUUCUGGAUGGACAUCGGCCAGCCCAAGGACUACCUCACGGGCACCUGCCUCUACCUGUCGUACCUCACCGCCUGCAAGUCGACCGAGCUCGCCGACCCGGCCAAGCACGAGGCCGUCACGGCCGGCAACGUCAUCAUCCACCCGUCGGCCAAGGUCGACCCCUCGGCGUCCAUCGGGCCCAACGUCGUCGUCGGCCCCAACUGCACGGUCGGCAAGGGUGCCCGCCUCCAGCGCUGCGUCCUCCUCGACGGCGCCCGCAUCAAGGACCACGCGUUCGUCCAGAGCUCGAUCAUCGGUUGGUCCUCGACCGUCGGCAAGUGGGCACGCGUCGAGGGGACGACCGUUCUCGGUGACGACGUCAACAUCAAGGACGAGGUGUUCAUCAACGGUGCUUCGGUUCUGCCGCACAAGAGCGUCUCGAACUCUAUCCUCGAGCCGAGUAUCGUCAUGGUCCGUCCCGAAUUUCCCUUGUGCCCUUCUUCUACACGCUCUGCAUGGGCCGCGUCGUCGACGUCGACGUCCGAGCGGCAGCGUCGUCGUCGUCUUACCUGA